GGGCGGCAUGGCGGAGGCCGGCGUGCGGCGGGGCGGGCCCCUGGAGCUCUGGGGGCACCUGCGGCCGCCGCGCUGGGAGGCGGCGGACGAUGAUGAGGAGAGCGACGAGGACUUCGAGGAGCUGGUGGUGGAGGAUGCGCUCCUGGAGGCCGCCGGCACGGAACUGCCGGCCGCGCUGCCCCCGCGCCGCGCCGUUAUUAUACAGGAAUGUGGCACCAAAAAGGAGUAUGAAGUGGUUGGACGUUUUCCAUUAGUUGACCCUUGGUGGAAAGUUAAUGUUAAAGCUAAAAAAGUGGGGUCGAAGUACUUUGUGCAAGGAUAUCCAUCGUAUUUUCUGCAGACUGACAUAGAAGAAAACAACCGACAAGUAUUUUCACUCUUUCUUAAGGAGUGUUGUGUUCCUGAAGAUUGGAAAGAAAAAUUUUUUGCUUGGCUCCCUAUGGAGUCUGUGCUGAGUUUUAGCAACCUUGAAGAGAAACUAAAACAGUUCCAAGUUUCACAGCUACAGCCAAGAGGGAUCAAAAGAGAUACCAAGGAUUACAACAUCUUCCAUUAUGUUUCAAAAUCAUUUGCAGGAAAGGCGGUAUUGGGAGCUCUGGCUUUUCCAAGGGUACUGGAGUUCUUGCCAGUUCUUCUGCCACGCCACUUUUGCUCUCUGUUAGAUGAGAUAUGUUGGGAAAGAAAGGCUGAUGUGGAUGGUGAGGAGGUGGCUGAUGAGAUGGGAACAAAACUGGAUGAGAUACUAAAGGAUGAGCCAUGGAAACUUGGAUUCAGCAGGGUAAGUAAUGUUAUGUAUGGUAAAAAUAUGGUGUUUGCUGCAUUUGGGGGUGUAUAUAAAAUGAAAGCCGAGAUCUCUAGAGGGGUUAGAGAGACUCCUGAUUCAGGAGUAAAACAAAGCAGGGAAAAUCUUGACUGGAGUGGGAAAUGGGAGGAUAUGGGCCAGACUUUAAAGGAAUUUGCUGAUCCUAUAGGCUGGGACUUUCCAUCUGAUCAAAUUCAGAACCCAGUCGAGGUGGCAAAGUAUUUGAGGGAAAAGUGCCAUGGUAAUACUAAGGAGGAAAGACUUACUGCAGUGAGCUGGGCCUUAGCGUUUGUUUACCGUACUCUGCUAGAUACUGUGGAGCAGCAGAUAGUAGAAAGGGAACAGGGAGAUAAGUUAGUUACUAUCCCAGUGACCCAGGCUGCAGCUAACAUCCCAGGCUCCAGGCUAGCAGCUGAAUCAGACGACAGGCCCCAACCCAUGGCUGUCGCAGCUAAUACAAGAGGUGGAAAGUGUAAAGACAAGACCGAUCGAAAGGUGGAGGAUGAUGAUGAUGAUGCAGGAGAAGGACCCUCACCAAAAUCAGAGGCCACAUCAAGGGGCACAGAUUCUGGAGCUAAUACUGACUCCUUUUCUCUGAAGGACCUCAGGGGCCUAAGAAAGGAUUACAGACGACAACCUGACGAAUCUAUAAUCAGUUGGUUAGUCCGCCUUUGGGAUGCUGCAGGGAGGUUACGAUUUUGGAUGGUACUGAAGCGAGGCAUUUGGGAUCCCUGUCGCAGGAUACUGUUAUCGAUCAAGCAGACAGGGUGGAAGACCAUAGAGCAGGGGAUCCAACGCCUGAGAGAAAUGGCGGUGGCAGAGCUCAUUUUCUCAGAUGAUAUAACAACUAGGAAUCCGGACCUGGUACCAUGCACACCUGUAAUGUGGAGGAAACUUGUGCGACUUGGGCCACCUGAAUACGCUUCUGCUCUGGCAAUAAUGAAGCGGGAUGAUACAUAUGAGACUGUGCUUGAUAUGGCGAAGAAGCUUCGAGCAUAUGCAGAUGCUGUGCAUGGACCAACUCAUGCCAGAAUUGCAGCAGUGGAAACACAACUGCGGAAACUAGAGGACAAAAUAGAGGAGAAUCAUAAGAAACUCCGGGAAGAGAUUAAGGAGGACCUUAUUCAAAUCUCGGCUGUGCAAAUUAGAGGCCCUGGUAUCCAACGCUGGCGCCCUUGGAUGGCGAGAGAAGAGAACCCAUCUGCAGUAGGACUCUUGAAGGUAGAGGAGCAACGAGUACCAAUUGCCACUUCGACAGUGCACCGCAGGCAGUACCGGACGAAUCGAGAUGCCGUGAUCCCCAUCCACAAGAUGAUUCGAGAGCUGGAGAGCCAAGGGGUGGUCAGUAAAACCCACUCACCCUUUAACAGCCCUAUCUGGCCCGUGCGAAAAUCUGACGGAGAAUGGAGAUUGACUGUGGACUAUCGUGCCUUGAAUGAAGUGACUCCACCACUGAGUGCGGCUGUACCGGACAUACUGGAACUGCAGUACGAGUUGGAGUCCAAGGCAGCAAAGUGGUACGCGACCAUCGAUAUUGCUAACGCGUUUUUCUCCAUUCCUCUGGCAACAGAAUGCAGGCCUCAGUUUGCUUUUACAUGGAGGGGAGUGCAGUAUACCUGGAACCGACUGCCCCAGGGGUGGAAACACAGUCCUACCAUCUGUCAUGGACUGAUCCAGGCUGCACUAGAGGAGGGUGAGGCUCCAGAACAUUUACAAUAUAUUGAUGAUAUCAUUGUUUGGGGGAACACGGCAAUGGAAGUGUUCGAGAAAGGAGAGAAGAUCAUUCAUAUUCUCCUGAAAGCUGGAUUUGCCAUUAAGAAGAGCAAAGUCAAGGGACCUGCCCGAGAAAUUCAGUUCUUGGGGGUGAAGUGGCAAGAUGGACGGCGUCAGAUUCCUGCGGAUGUUAUUAACAAAAUCACUGCUAUGUCCCCACCAACUGAUAAGAAGGAAACACAAGCCUUCUUAGGUGCUAUAGGUUUCUGGAGGAUGCACAUCCCCGAGUAUAGUCAGAUUGUGAGACCCCUUUAUCUGGUUACCCGCAAGAAGAACGACUUCCAUUGGGGCCCUGAGCAGCAGCAAGCGUUUGUCCAAAUCAAGCAGGAGAUCGCUCAUGCUGUAGCCCUGGGUCCAGUUAGGACGGGACCAGAUGUGAAGAACGUACUCUACUCUGCGGCUGGGAGCCAUGGUCUGUCCUGGAGCCUUUGGCAGAAGGUGCCUGGCGAGACCCGAGGCCGACCAUUGGGAUUUUGGAGUCGGAGCUACAGGGGUCUGAAGAUAACUAUACCCCAACAGAAAAAGAAAUCUUGGCCGCCUAUGAAGGAGUCCAAGCCGCCUCGGAGCGGCCCAAUUGGGAAGUUAAAUCGCCCUGGGAUCCUGGAAAUAAUUACAAAUUGGCCCGAAGGUGAGAGCUUUAGUGUCGCGGAUGAGGAACAAGAGCCAGUGACCCGGGUUGAGGAAGCUCCACCAUACAAUCAGUUGCCAGCAGAAGAAACACGUUACGCUUUAUUCACCGAUGGUUCUUGUCGCUCCAUAGGGAUGAAACGGAGGUGGAAAGCAGCUGUAUGGAGUCCCACUCGACGGGUUGCGGAGGCUACUGAAGGAGAAGGUGAAUCCAGUCAAUUUGCUGAAAUCAAAGCUAUUCAACUGGCCCUAGGUAUUGCAGAGAGAGAAGUGGCCAAGGCUCUAUUUGUAUACCGAUUCUUGGAUGGUAGCCAACGCUCUAUGGGGAUGGCUGAAGAGAUGGAAAGAGGCGAACUGGCAGCGCAGAGGAAAACCAAUUUGGGCUGCAGAAGAGUGGAAAGAUAUCGCUACUCGAUUACCCAGGCACAUGAAAUAGAAGAAAAUAAUCCAGACAAUCAUAAUGGUGAAAAUCACUUUCCUGAAAUGGAGGUGGGCUCUAUGUCUGGUAUCCGCAGUAAAGCAGAGGUAGACAAAGAUCAGGUGAUUGCUGUAGAAAAAAUUUGUUCUAAUCCUGUCACAAUCAUAAGUGGAAAAGGAGGCUGUGGGAAGAGUACAAUAGUUAGCUGCCUUUUUCGUCACUUAAAGCAAAUGGAAAAAGAAGUGGAAGCUGCUUCUAAGGUCUUUGAAGGAGACUUGGAUGCAUCUGAGGAAUGGAAUACAUUUGAUCACUACUGGGAAUCAGAGAAUAUGUUUGCAAAAAAAUAUUUGAAUGUACUGUUCACUGCACCUACAGGGAGGGCAACAAGUCUUUUGAGAGAAAAAACACAGCUUCCUGCAUAUACACUACAUCAGAUUAUCUAUAGUUUUAAAUCGUGGAGGCGGAGUGACCAACAACAGCCGUGGAAAUUUUCUGCAGUUACGGUUCUCAUUGUGGAUGAAGGAAGUUUGGUGUCUGUACGCAUUCUUAGUUUAGUUUUGAAACUCUUGUGUGAGCAUGCUCAGCUUGCUAAACUUAUUAUUCUAGGUGACACUAGACAGCUACCAAGCAUAGACCCAGGAAACAUGUUAGCUGAUAUCUUUGAGGGUCUAAAAUCAAGAGGCUUUUCUGUGGAACUGCGAACUAACCACAGAGCUGAAUCUCAACUAAUUGUAGACAAUGCGUCAAGAAUCUCUCACCGGCAGCUUCCUGAAUUUGAUGAGGUGCUGAAAGUUUCUGCUUGGAAUGAGGAAAUGACAAUGCCAAUCCCAGAGAAGAAAUUUAUUUUUAUUGCUUUGCCUGCUGGCGGGAAUUGUGAGAAUUUACAAACUGCAAUAAAGAUUUUACUUAAAAAAGGGCCAGGAUUGGAGGAUGCCAAACAAUCACAAUUCAUUGCUUUCAGAAGGCAAGAUUGUGAUCUAAUAAAUGAACUUUGUUGCCAACACUACUCAAAUCAUUUAACCAGAGACCAUAAGAACAGACUUCUAUUUCAAACUGGGGACAAGAUUGCCAGCACACGCAAUGUUUAUCUCAAGGAUCUCUUGGCAACCUGUGGUGUCAGAGAGGGUUCUAAUGGCCAAGAAUGCAGAAAUGGAGAAACCUCAUUCACUGAAGAGUCUAAUGAGGAGGGCAAACGACUCUGCAAUGGAGAUAUAUUUUUCAUAACAGAGGAUGCAGAAAUUGAUAAGCAGCGCUUGCUGACCAUCAGCAGCACGUACGGCUCCACGUUCACUGUGAACUACACCGCACUGAGGAAGCUGUGUCAUAUCAAGCAUGCCUGGGCCAGAACUAUUCACACAUUCCAGGGCUCGGAGGAGAGGACCGUGGUGUACGUGGUUGGCAAUGCGGGCCGGCAGCACUGGCAGCACGUGUACACGGCUGUGACCAGGGGGCGCUGCCGUGUCUACAUCGUGGCUGAGGAGCUGCACCUCCGGAGAGCAGUGAAGAGCAAGGAGAUCACCAGAAAAACGCGUUUGCAGAGAUUUCUGAGAGAGGCAAUUGCAGAAACAAACAACUAUCCCAAACAAAUGCCCUCUCCCCCGAUGAAGUGCUGGCAAAGUCAAGAGCUCGAGGCUCAGUCUGUUUCUGCUACUCAAGGUGCUCCUGACCCACCUGAACUUCAGAGUGACCACAUGACACAGGAAGGGUCAUCAGUUCUCAGUGAAGAGAAGACGGGCAGUCUGCAGCAAAGUCCAUGUAAAAGACACAUCCCUGCACCUGAGGAUGCUACAGAAAUACCCCCUACAACAGUAGAAGAAUCCCCACUUGGAUCUUCCAGACUUAAGAAUCUAACAUUGGGACAGCAAAUUCCUAGGAAGCUUUUUAAAAGCUAACAGACAAUUAUUAAUUGGUCUUGGUAUGAACCUUUACUGAACCUGUUGAAGAUUUUUGGGAUGGAGAUGCUGAAUAUGCAGGUGCCUUUCAAAGGCUUUCUUCGUUUUGCAUGUUCUGUGAAGAACAGCUUGUUUUAUGCUGAGCCUCUUAAAUUUUCCAUGAUCCAUUUUUAGUAGAUUCACUGGUAUACUGGUCAUUAAAAAUCAUGUAAUUCUUUCAUUUUGCUGAAGAAUGAACUUACAGGUCUUUGAGGUUCUAGGUGUUCCCUUAAAAAAUACACAAGGAUGUAUUUUGGUUUAAAGACUCCUAGUUGUCCAUACCAAGAUUUAUCCAUCUCCAAAUGCUAUGAGAUGCUCUUACUGAUGUGCCAAUACUAUAGAUUCCUUGAGAAAAAAAAACAGUUUACAAAGGGGUCUAGGUUUUUCUGAUGUGGCAGAUUUGUGGCCAUGAAGCGUUGAUGGAUCGUGGGUUUUAAUCUUGUUACAGGUGUAACAAGAAAGUUGCAAUCAGUGAUAUAGAAAACUUUUUCUAUGAUGUAGAACUUGCCAUUGCUGUUUAGCUGAUAGUUCUGUGCUGAUGAUGGUCUUGGUAAGAAAAGCAAAACUCCAAAUCAGAGUUCAAAUAACAUUCCGCUUUCAGCUUGGGACUUGCUGCAUUGCAGUUUUGAAAUUAAUAAAUUGAAUGUUCAAUCAGACAUCAGACACAUUGUACUAAAAUGUGGACAACCUGCUUACCUUCAACAAUUUUUUCUUUUCACAUAUGGUAGGAAAAAGUAUACCACAAAUAUAAAAAUGGUAUUUUUUUUCUAAAACUGUGGGAAAAAACCUGGAAAAUAUGAAGUAGAAAAACUCUACCUCAUUUUUAAUGUCUUCAAAUCACUGUUUAUUUCAAUUUAUACAGUUUUUCCAUACAAAUAUUUGCAACAGUUUGAAUUUCAAAAAAACAUAACAUAGACGAUAAAUAUCAUGCUAUUAAAGUAUUAAAUUUGUACAAAAAUACUUUACAGUUUAAUACUUAUUUGUUACAAAUAAAAAUACAUAUUUAAGUGACUCAUGAACCUUGGAGUUUUUGUUUUGUUGGCUUUUUUUUUUUUACAUGAUUCAGCCUAUAAUGUCAUUCUGACCUUUUCUGGCAGUGCUGAAAUAGAAAUCAGGGAUACUCGUGUGUGUGUGCAGGGAAGGUGAGCUUGUUUAUGUAUUGGAAACAGCAACAGGGAUACAUUAAACAGUUUAAAUUGACCAGAAACAACUCUGUAAGGUGAUUGCUUAGAUAUGGAGACUCUACAAAUGUACAAAUCCAGUAUCUUUAUAUUCACCAAUAACAAUAAUUACCAAUAACAACUCGAAUACCAGAAUAAACCAAUGCAGCUGCUGGUGAGCAUAUAAAGCAACUGGCAGUAUUUUAUUGCUUGGGGGAAGAGGGGAGAGGAGACAAUUUGUGUGAUGUGUUUGUAAAAUAUAUUUACAAUUUUAUAUUCUAAAAAUGUGUUGCAGGGGGUAAUGUUUAUCAUAAAGAAGGCUGAAAACAAAGCAUAUUAAAUAGGACCUUUCUUCCUUCAAGAAACUGACUGACUUAAAAAGCUCAUGUGGAACAGUACAAGUUUACAGGUUUAUGGAUCAUUAAAGAGCUUUUGUAUCAAUCUCCACUGACAUAAUUUAAAA